CGAAGAAAGAGCUUCUCAGCUUCAGCUUAAAGUCAAAAAGAGCAAAGGGAUGGAGAGAUCAAGCUUGCUUUUUCUCACUCUGGUCCUUUUUGGAUCUCUUACACUCACCCAGGCAGAACAGUCGAAGGAAGAUUUGAAUGAAGUUACUCACCAAGUUUACUUCGAUGUCGAAAUUGCAGGAAAACCUGCCGGUCGAAUCGUCAUGGGACUCUUUGGAAACAUGGUUCCUAAAACAACAGAAAACUUCCGAGCACUGUGCACAGGGGAAAAAGGUGUCGGAAAAUGGGGGAAACCUCUCCACUACAAAGGCAGUACAUUUCAUCGGAUUAUUCCGCAUUUUAUGAUACAAGGAGGUGAUUUUACACUCGGUGAUGGAACGGGGGGAGAGUCAAUCUACGGUGGGAAAUUUGCCGAUGAGAAUUUCGAGCUGAAGCACACAGGGCCUGGGUUUUGUCCAUGGCGAAUCCCCGUCCCAACACCAACGGCUCGCAAUUCUUCAUUACAACCGUGACAACCAACUGGUUGGAUGGAAAACACGUUGUGUUUGGAAAAGUGCUCUCCGGGAUGGAUGUGGUUAACAAAAUCGAGGCCGAAGGAAGGCUAAGCGGCACGCCCAAGAGCAAAGUCGUGAUUGUUGGCAGUGGCGAAAUCAGUGUUAGUAGGGCGAGCUCGUAGAUGUGAGAGGCGUUGGUCACACC